AUGCGCUCACCUAUCCAUCAACCAAGACAGAAGGGAAUGACCAACCAAGCGAGCAGAGCCCAACUACCAAUCCUAUGUUCUCCCAAUCCUGGAACUGGCGGCAAUCUAACGAAUUCGGGAAAGCAAGAUGAUCGACACUGGAAAAGACGUCUUGGCGAGAGGACCACAGCUGAGAUUGACUCAAGAGCGUCUGUGGCUAAAAGACUAGCAGCAUAUUCUUCUUCAAUUGCGACAGGAGCUCAUUCUUUCGCAGCUGCUUAUUCGUCGUUUGGGCAAAUGGAUGUGGGAUGGAGCUUGAACUAA